UUCUCGCUUAAGAAAAGCGUAUCGCCAAGCCAAAGCUACAUCGGAAACCGUACUGCAAAAAAUGCACGGCCGACCCCGAAAAGCGCCCAAACCAGAAGACGAAGCGGCUGCUACUGCCAAAGCCCAGAAGCUUCGCGCUCUCCAAACUCAGUUCUUCUCCUUUCAUCAUAGUAAAAUUUACACAAAAGAUGCGGUUGAACUCAGUGCUAAGCUUCUCGAGAUCAAUCCUGAAUCCUACACAGCCUGGAACUAUAGGAAACUCGCUGUCGAACACUAUCUGAGUCAGCCCGACUGUAAUCCUGAUUCCGUCAAGUCCGUUCUCAAUGAUGAACUCGGAGUGGUCGAGAGUGCAUUGAGGCAAAAUUUUAAGUCAUAUGGAGCGUGGCAUCAUCGUAAAUGGGUUCUAAGCAAGGGCCAUUCAUCGAUCGAUCACGAGCUGAGAUUGCUGGACAAGUUCCAGAAGGCUGAUUCUCGUAAUUUCCAUGCAUGGAAUUAUAGGAGAUUUGUUUCAGAGUUGAUGAACAGAUCAGAAAAGGAUGAAUUGAAGUAUACUGAGGAUAUGAUUUAUACUAAUUUUAGCAACUACUCAGCAUGGCAUAAUCGCAGUGUAUUGUUGUCUGCUUUACUUGAGAAAAAGGCUGAAGGGUUUCUCUCAAAAGAGAACGUCUUGCCAGAGGAGUAUGAGUUUAUACACCAAGCUAUAUUUACGGACCCUGAUGAUCAAAGUGGAUGGUUUUAUCAUCUUUGGCUUCUAGACCAAACAGUUACAAUUGACUAUCCUCUCCUUGUUUCUACUUGGCCUGCUCAUGGUUCUGAUGUCUUUCUAGUGGGAGAUAGGUGCCAAAUCGGUUCUUCUUCUCCAUUCACAACUCUGUUUUCUGAUUCAGGAUCAUUUCCAAUUGUUCUUUAUUUUAAUCAACCUGUUGAGGGUGUAAGCUCAUCUACAGUUUCCAUUGAAUGUGGGUUUAAUAAAAGUAAAGAUCUUCUUUGGGAACCACUUUCUGUAAGUAAUUCACAAACUGCACAAGUUUGGGUUGCACAUUUAAAAUUUCCAACUUCAGAGCUUGAUUCUUCAGUUGAAGUUAGUGUUGGACACACUAAGGAAAUUGUUUCAAGAAGAGGGUUUCAAUAUAACCAUCCUUCAACGUUUUCAUUUAAAGUACAUGUACAGCCUGUGGAAAGAGAUUCUUCUCAAGUUUCAGUUGCAGAAAAUAUUUUAUGGAGAGAAGAAAAUUUCAACGUCUACGGAGAACAAGCGGAGGAAUCAAUUCCUAUUGUCUCUUUUGAUCGACUAUGUAUCAAGAAUGGCCAUGAAUCAGCUGCAUCUAACUGGCGCAUUGAGGCUUUAGCUAAAGAGAUUGAAUGCUUCCGUGAAUUGCUAUUGUUGAUGGACUGCAAAAUUGGAAAGCUUACGCUUGCUAGAUUAUUGACGGCUUAUGAUGCUAUGCUAUUUCCAUUUGCUAACAAACUGGUUCAUUCAGAAGAAGUUCUUGAACUGUAUAAUGAUUUGAUGAAGUUGGAUCCAACUCAUCACCGUUACUACAAGGAUGAAUAUAGCUCCGUCUUGCUACAGAAAAUGACAUCUAGUAAAGAGUCUUUACUGCAACACUGCUUUCGGUAUAAGGACUCAGUUUCAUCAGCUAUUGGCAAUACUAUCUGUCUUCGGCUGAAUAACUUGUCAUUAUCGCGAACAAGAGCUUUAGAGAAAUUACUGUGGGUCCAAAUGUUAGAUCUCAGCCAUAAUGAACUACAAUCAAUUGAAGGAUUGGAAGCUAUGCAGCUCCUCUCUUGUUUGAAUUUGGGAAACAAUAAACUGAGAAGUUUAACUGCUCUGGAGCCUUUGAGAAAGCUGAAGUCAUUAAGAGUACUGGAUAUUUCAUACAACCAGAUCGGUGAUCAUUCUAUCGACACAACAAGGUACUUGUGCUGUUCUCCUCUGUCACAUUCCGUUGGACGCGAAUUGAACAAGGAUGAAACCGUGAUCAACGAUGUUACUCUAAACUAUUGGGAGGCUUUUUAUGUGUUUAGGGACUUGAACUUGUAUCAAUUAGAUAUAGUGGGAAACACGAUUGCUGAUGAAAAGUUUAAGCCGGUUCUGGUCAAGAUUAUGCCGACACUUAAGCGACUCGAUGGCGAACUAUUAGAUUAAUUUUCAAUAUGUUCUUUUGGUAGUCUCUGCAUUUGAUAUCCAGUUCAGUACCCAUCCAUUACCAUAUUAUUGUUAUAAUUUGAGAAUUCUUUUUUUGUUGUAACAUGGGAACUUACAGAAGAUGAUGAUGUAACGUUAAAA